CUUAUUUCAUUCUAUUAAAACCCCAAAAUUAAAAAAAAAAAAAAACAGAUCAAAGCCUUUGAAAAAAUGUUUAAAACUUUGAAAAACGAUUUUCAAAUUUGCGAAGAAAUCGGCCGUGGGAGAUUCGGUACCGUCUACCGCUGCUUUUCUCCGGCGACCGGAGAAUCCUACGCCUGUAAAUCUAUCGACAAAAACCUCCUCAUUGAUUCCACCGACCGUGAAUGUCUCGAUAAAGAACCCAAAAUUCUUCAACUUCUUUCAGGUAACCCCAACAUUCUUCAUCUUUAUAAGGUUUACGAAGAUGACGAUUUCCUUCAUAUGGUAACCGAUUUCUGCCCGAAUAGUGAUUUAUAUGAAAGGGUUUCAUCUGGGUCGUUGUCAGAAUCGGCUGCCGCGGCUAUUCUGAUUCAAUUGGUUUCUGCGAUUAGCUAUUGUCAUCAUAUGGGUGUAGCUCAUCGUGACAUUAAGCCGGAUAAUGUGUUGUUUGAUUCUGAGAAUAGAUUGAAGCUUGCUGAUUUUGGAUCUGCGGAGUGGUUUGCUGGUUGUGAUGGGAGGAAGAUGAAUGGGGUUGUGGGUACGCCGUAUUACGUUGCGCCGGAGGUUUUAAUGGGGAAAGAGUAUAAUGAGAAAGUUGAUGUGUGGAGUUUGGGGGUUAUUUUGUAUAUUAUGCUUUCUGGGGUUCCUCCUUUUUACGGUGAAACGCCGACUGAAACUUUUCAAGCUGUUCUCAGAGGGAAUCUGAGGUUUCCGACGAGGAAUUUCCGGUCAGUUUCGCCUGAAGCGAAAGAUUUGUUGAGGAAGAUGAUAUGUAAAGAUGUUUCCAGAAGAUUUUCAGCUGAACAAGUAUUGAGACAUCCAUGGGUGCUUAAUGGAGGAGAAACAAGAUCAAUGGUUGAUUGAACUUGAACAAGAUACUAAUAAAUACUAGUAGCAGUACAAAUUUUGAUGAUAAAAAAGCUUCUUCUAAUGUGUUUGUUUGUGUAUAUUGCACCAAAAAAAUAAAAAUAAAAUUAUGGUUUGUUAUGUUGUGGAGAAGAAUCUUGUAGAUGAUAAUGAAUCUCCUACUUUAUAUUAUAAUAUAACAAGAAGAAAAAAAAUUUCAGGCUAUAUAAAAAGAUCCAAGCUUACCCCACCUUUAUAUUUAUUAUUAUUAUUUUUAAUUAUAAAGGGUUGAGGGAGAGAGGGAUAUAUGUAUGUUUUGGUGCUGUAUCAAAGUUUUGUUGUUGAGUUUACUAUGUAAUAAAAAAAAUUUCUACUUUUGUUAUA